AGUCGGUGCACGUUUCCAGGAUUCAGCAUGGGUGACGUGGAGAAGGGCAAGAAGAUCUUCGUGCAGAAGUGCGUCCAGUGCCACACGGUCGAGAAGGGGGGCAAGCAGAAGACCAGCCCCAACCUCCACGGGCUCAUAGGCCGCAAGACCGGCCAGGCCCCGGGCUUCUCCUACACAGACGCCUACAAAAACAAAGGUAUCGUCUGGGGAGAGGACACGCUGAUGGAGUACCUGGAGAUCCCCAAGAAGUAUAUCCCCGGAACCAAGAUGAUCUUCGCGGGUAUCAAGAAGAAGGGAGAGAGGGCAGACUUGAUAGCCUACCUGAAACAGGCCACCAAUGAGUGAUGGCUGCCUGCCGCCUUAUUUAUUAUGAAAAAGAGAGGUCUCCGGAGGAGAUUUCUU